UCCUGCCACACCUGCGCAGGUAGGAGAUCUGGCAACUCUCUCCGCUUAGCCUGAACGCUCAUCCCCAUAUCAUGUCGCUAGACGUGAGAACGUUUUCCAGCUCCAACGGCUAUGGCACCCGCGGCCCGGGCCAGAUGGGUAACGUGGCCGUCGGCUCGCGCAUCUCCGUGGCGAGCUUUCCGAAUCUUCCCGGUGCGGGGCAUCCGUAUUCCCAAGCGCAAAGCAGCACCGUGCCCUUAUCUACGGCCGAUGGCAAAGAGACCAUGAGAAGUCUCAACGAUCGUCUGGCGGGAUACCUGGCGAAGGUGCGAUCACUGGAAGAGUCGAACAGUAAACUGGAGGCUCAGAUUAAACAGGCUUUGACGGAACGAGGCGCCGCUACUUAUGGAGACUGGAGUGCGUACGAAAAGACACUCGCAGGCAUGAAGGAACAGCUCGAGGACCUGACCAUGGACAACGCUCGGCUCAUGUUACAGAUCGAUAAUGCCAGGCUGGCCGCCGACGACUUUAAAGUCAAGUUUGAAACAGAGAAUGCUGUGCACCAGGCGGUGACCGCAGACAUCGCUAACCUCCGAAAGGUGAUCAGCAACACCAACAUGAGCCGUAUGCAGCUUGAGGGUGAGGUGGAGUCUCUGAAGGAGGAGCUGGACUUUCUUCACAAGAGUCACGAAGAGGAGAAGCAGAACCUGAUGGGGCAGAUCAAAGCCUCCAGCAUUGAUGUUCAGAUGGACGCACCCAAGGGCAAUGACCUCAGCGAGGUCAUUACCAACAUACGCCGACAGUACGAAAGCGCUGUGCAAAAGAACCAGGAGGACUCAGAGGCCUGGUUCAAAACCAAGGUGGAAAACUUCUCAGCUGAGGUUAUGAGUAGCACGGAGACUCUCCAGGAGGACAGAGGUCAGCUGAAUGACCUGCGGAGGCACCACCAGGUCCUGGAGAUCGACCUGGAGGCACUGCACAGCAUGAAUCGCUCCUUGGAAGAGACCCUGAGGGCCACAGUGGAGCGUUACGCACGGGAGGUGACGCUUCACAAUGGCACUAUCCAGCAGCUGGAGGCGGAGCUAGGGGAGGUGCGUGCCCAGGUGACAAGGCAGAGGGCAGAGUAUCAGGCUCUUCUCAGCAUCAAGAUUAAACUGCAGGAGGAGAUCAGCACCUAUCAGCGCCUGCUGGAAGGGACAGGUGUAGCUGAUGGAGGUGGCAAAGUCCAGGGAACCAGCGCACGUGAAGACGUCAAAGACAAGGGUGCAGGUGCACGCGAUGAUGACAAAAUAAAGGGUGCUGGUGCACGGGAAGAUAUCAAAGACAAGGGUGCUGGUGCACGUGAUGAUGACAAAAUAAAGGGUGCUGGUGCACGUGAUGAUGUCAAAGACAAGGGUGCUGGUGCACGCGAUGAUGACAAAAUAAAGGGUGCUGGUGCACGGGAAGAUAUCAAAGACAAGGGUGCUGGUGCACGUGAUGAUGACAAAAUAAAGGGUGCUGGUGCACGUGAUGAUGUCAAAGACAAGGGUGCUGGUGCACGUGACGAUGUCAAACACAAGGUUGAUGGCACACAUGAUAAUAUUGAAAAUAAAGGCAUGGGUGCAUAUGAAGACAUCGAGAAUACCAGUUUGCCCAAGUAUGAUGACGACAGUGUGGAGUUUUCAUUAGAGCAAGCUCUGUAUGCCGUGCCCCCCGGCCUAACUCCUGAGAGCGACAUUGCGAUAAGUGAGGAAACUGCGGAUGUGGAUGCGGUCCCACGGUGUGAGCUGGAGCUGCUGAGCGCUCCCACUCCUGUAGUCACGGUGAGGCCGGGAGGAGACGAGCAGAAAGAAGAACCAGCCGGAAAUGAGGAGGAACCCCUGAAACCCAGCACGGACCUAGACGGAGAAGUACAGGAGAGACAGGAAGAGGUGUGACAGGAAGGGGCAGAGGCGGCGCCUUCACUGAGUGAGGAAUGAUGGCCACAGCCCUGCAUUCCAUUCCACAGCCUUCGUACUGGAAGGGAAGGUCUUUGAUUUGUGGCUAAGAACAAACCAGUAAUCUGUGUCUCUCUUUCUGCAUACCUUCAUGUAACAUCUCCUGUGUGAUGUAAUAAAGCAAUUACCAUUUAA